CGGGCCGAGGAGGCCACGUCGAGCCCAGAAGAGUCAGGCCAAGGUUAGGCCGAGGCCUGAGGGCGGCCAAGAUGGCGGACCUGGAGGCCGUGUUGGCGGACGUGAGCUACCUCAUGGCCAUGGAAAAGAGCAAGAGCUCGCCUGCGGCUCGCGCCAGCAAGAAGAUCGUCCUCCCUGAGCCCAGUAUCCGAAGUGUGAUGCAGAAGUAUUUGGAGGAGAGAGGAGAGUUAACCUUUGAUAAGAUUUUCAGCCAGAAGAUAGGGUUUUUGCUGUUCAAGGACUUUUGCCAGACUGAUAUUGACGAAGGGGUACCACAGCUGAAGUUUUAUGAAGAGAUAAAAGAAUACGAAAAGUUGGACUCCGAGGAAGAUCGUCUCAGCAGGAGCCGGCAGAUUUAUGACACCUACAUCAUGAAGGAGCUGCUCUCUUGUUCGCAUCCUUUUUCAAAGCCAACGGUCAAUCAUGUGCAAACCCACCUAUCCAAGAAGCAAGUACCGACAACCCUUUUUCAGCCCUACAUUGAAGAAAUUUGUGACAGCCUCCGAGGAAAAACCUUCCAGAUGUUUCUCGAAAGUGAUAAGUUUACUAGAUUUUGUCAGUGGAAAAACGUAGAGCUCAACAUUCAUCUGACCAUGAACGACUUCAGCGUCCACCGGAUCAUCGGGCGAGGAGGCUUUGGAGAAGUUUAUGGCUGCCGAAAAGCAGACACGGGGAAAAUGUACGCGAUGAAGUGCUUGGAUAAGAAGAGGAUCAAGAUGAAGCAAGGGGAGACGUUGGCCUUAAACGAAAGGAUCAUGCUGUCCCUCGUCAGUACCGGCGACUGCCCUUUCAUCGUGUGCAUGACUUACGCCUUCCACACGCCUGACAAACUCUGCUUCAUUCUGGACCUGAUGAAUGGUGGAGAUCUUCAUUACCAUCUCUCGCAGCACGGGGUGUUUUCCGAGAAGGAGAUGCGCUUUUACGCCACCGAGAUCAUCCUCGGGCUGGAGCAUAUGCACAACCGCUUUGUCGUCUACAGAGACUUGAAGCCGGCAAAUAUCCUCCUGGACGAACACGGACACGUCAGGAUAUCUGACCUGGGGCUGGCUUGCGAUUUCUCCAAGAAGAAGCCCCAUGCCAGCGUGGGUACGCAUGGCUACAUGGCCCCUGAGGUGCUGCAGAAGGGAACGGCCUAUGACAGCAGCGCUGACUGGUUCUCCUUGGGCUGCAUGCUUUUCAAACUUCUCCGAGGGCACAGCCCUUUCAGACAGCACAAAACCAAAGACAAGCAUGAAAUUGACCGCAUGACGCUCACCGUGAAUGUGGAGUUACCGGAUUCCUUUUCCCCCGAACUCAAGUCCCUCCUGGAAGGUCUCCUCCAGCGAGACGUGAGCAAGAGGCUUGGCUGCCAGGGAAGCAGUGCGCAAGAAGUGAAGGAGCAUCCGUUCUUCAAAGGGAUUGACUGGCAGCACGUCUAUCUGCAAAAGUACCCCCCACCCCUGAUCCCUCCGCGGGGCGAAGUGAACGCUGCCGACGCUUUUGACAUCGGCUCCUUCGACGAAGAAGACACAAAAGGCAUCAAGUUGCUGGACAGCGACCAAGAACUGUAUAAGAACUUCCCCCUGGUCAUCUCGGAGCGUUGGCAACAGGAAGUGGCAGAAACGGUUUAUGACGCGGUGAACGCCGACACGGACAAGAUCGAAGCCAGGAAGCGAGCCAAAAACAAGCAGCUAGGCCACGAGGAAGACUACGCCCUCGGGAAGGACUGCAUUAUGCACGGGUACAUGCUGAAGUUGGGGAACCCCUUCUUAACUCAGUGGCAGCGGCGCUAUUUUUACCUCUUCCCAAACCGACUGGAAUGGCGGGGUGAAGGGGAGUCGCGGGACGGUUGGCGCACUUACACACAAAAACGCAAACGGCAAAAUCUGCUGACCAUGGAACAGAUCGUAUCCGUGGAGGAAACCCAGAUCAAGGAGAAGAAGUGCAUUUUGCUCAGGAUAAAAGGAGGAAAGCAGUUUGUGCUACAGUGCGAGAGUGACCCAGAGUUUGUACAGUGGAAGAAGGAGCUGACGGAAGCAUUUAUGGAAGCACAGCGGCUGCUCCGGCGUGCUCCCAAGUUCCUGAAUAAAUCGCGCUCCACGGUGGUGGAACUCUCUAAGCCCCCCCUCAGCCACAGGAACAGCAACGGCCUUUAGGACCACAGGUGGACAGAAUAGCGCCGUAGGGGAUGUCUUGUCUGUAUGUCACCGCAACGCUCUUAGUUCCUUCUGCGGUCCCCGAAGCUGGGUGUAGGGCAGAAGUGUGGGUGCUGAGUGCAGGGGGACGGAGCCAGGAGCCUACUCCGAGGUGUCCGAGAGGGCUGAGACGCCGGCCAGGGGUGGGGGACUGUUCACGAGGGACGGACGGAGGGCCGCCUCGCACACCCUGGCGGAAUUGCCCGACGGGCGGUCUCCCUAAAACGACGGAGGCGAGGCGGUUGCAUCUUUGCAAUAAACCCCUUCAGGUACAUCACAGAGACCCGCAAGCCGAAACGACGGCGUGUGUGUUUUAUGCCGAGGAGGUGGAUGUGCCGUUGGACUUUCGGAAGGCGUCUCCACCUUCUGGGUUACUAUGAGUCUUUCCAUGCUGUCUCCACCUGUCACCGACGACUCUCUGUCUUUUUGUUUUGUCCUGCCGGCUACCAGCGGCCUGCUUCUCGUCAUGCGCUCGACUGAACUGAACUCUAAACGUCCUGUGGUUUUAAAUGUUAUCGCUGCUGCUGCUGCUUCAGAAACACAUGGGUCGAAUUCCGGUUAGCCUGUCGUUUUGCUGCACGUCCUACUUGCAUCCGCCGCGUUUCUGCUUCCUUGACACGCCUGCUGGAUCACACUAGACACAGUAGAAAUGGGUGGCAGCUCUGUCUCUGGUUCGGUUGUGUGCGUGCGCGCGCUCCUCCUUUUUUUUAAAGAGUCCGUUCCACUGGAUGGGUGGACGGUAAAUACCGAAUCCGCUCUUCUCAAUUUCAGGUCAACAGCACUUUAAAAAGAAAGUUUUCAAUCCGAUAUUCAGACGUGGUGCAUAGUAACGUUAGGACUUGGGUUGCAGAUAGAUGGGUGACUUGGCUCAGCUAAGUCGCAAUGGCAAAAUCAUUGUCCCCCCUGGCGUCAUUGCCCCCCUGAUACUUCUACUUUGCCAGUGUGCUGCCUGUCUUGAGCAUCUCGCCUGAGUUAAAGCAACCGGAAGGAACGGAAAAGUUGCCACCGGCCUUCCACGGGACCACCCGGCCACCGCUGCAAAACGUGGCCCGCGGAUAUCGGCCCCUUUUCCGAAAUGUUUCUCCCUUUUGCAAAGUCUUAGAACCCCUUUCCAUUGUGGUGGAUUUGGUAGCGAGCACCUGCCCUUUAGGAUAUGAUUCAAUGUGAAUGAUCGCUAAUUCCGGGUCUGUACUUAACAUAUUGUAUGAGUGUUGCUCUCUUAGAAGUUCCCUGAAGUCUCGCCUUAUUUGGUGGGCUGCUGACAAGUUCUGCAGCCCAGAGAUUUCGAUAGCGGUAUUCUUCAACAGUGUAGUAGCUACUGAGUUAAGGAAUUUUGAAUUGCAGCCAACGUGAGUCAUGGUGUCUGCUAAAAAGCACAGCUGUUUUUAAGGGUUGCUGAAGUGUGAUUUUUGAAAUCAGUCUUUAAAAAUACUAAUCUUUGGGAUUCUUCCGGGAUCCUUUUCUUCUCGGACCAUGCCUGCAGAGUUCCGCAGAUCGGCUGCCUUGUGUUAGCGCAUCUUCUCUGUGCGCUGCGCAUGGGUAUGAAACCCUUUGACCAUGCUGGUCUGCAGGUCCGACAGAGGCCAUAUGCCUAGGGCCUUGUCUUGUCCGUUGCCGGCUAGUUGACUAGCUGGCUUCCAAGUUGCAGCACAGGGAUGUCCUCAAGUGAAACAGGGCUACUUUUCAUGCUGCUAGUUGCUAUGUACAUUCUAUGCUUGACCAUGAGGAGAGCUGCUCUUUGGACCGGUCUUUGCAUCAGAGAGAUGUCCUCGGGCGUCAUCUUUUCAUGACACCUUUUUAAUCAGUUUGAUCGUAGUGUCACCUUACAAGCACCCAGGUUCCAUAGUCACAUUUCAGAUACCUUUUUGCCCCCUCCUGGCCUUCAGACAUUGUCUCAUGCAGGCUGUUAGGGUUUUUUGAAUGGCGCAAGAGGCACCUGCAAGAAAAAAAAAGUUCCAUUCUUUCUUGUAUCGGCAUUUACAAAGGGGAUAUUGAUUCUGAAAAAGUUGCUGGGCUGAAACUUGAAUAGACUGUACUACUGUACAUGAUGACCUCAUUGUUUUUGCAAACCGUGAGUAAGCUAUUAUUUAAAAUAGCCUGGCUUUAGAUUAUUGUUAGUAUUUUACCAGAGGCAGCUAAAAUACACUGUAGUAGUGUAAUAAUAAUUUCUCUUUCCACUUUAGUGAAUUGUCAAUAGGAGUCAAACAUGAAUAUGAGUGUUUAUAUCUUUAAUUCCAGAUGUUCUAUGCUCUAGAAUGCUCCCAAAGUUUGUGGGAAGCUUGUGUUUUAAUUUUAUAUCAGUGUCUUAGUUCAACUGCUGAGGAAGGAUGUCUACCUGCCCCAAUCGAAAGAAGGUUUCUUGUGUUUAAGUUCUACUGAGAUCAGCGGGGCUUGAAUUCAUCAUGGUUUUUAGGUUCCACUGAUUUCACUUAACUUCCAUUAAUGUAUCUCUGGACCAGGGUGUAUAUGAACGGCGGGGAGAAAAAGGCUGAUUUUUUUAAAGUAUUUUAUCACUAGUAAGUUUUAAAAAAAAAUCCAGUUUGGAAAUCUAGUUUGUUAAAGAUGUGAAAUGAAAGCUCUUAUGAAGCCAAUUUAUUUUUUAUGCUUUGGUAGAUUCUGGAUCGUUUCUUUAAUCUCUCCUUAGGCUAAAUAAAAUUCUUGGGGUUCACUUCUCGUCUCCCACCUCUCAUGUGGGAAAUGUGUAAUGCAUACACGUGGAAGCGGGGUGGGGAAAAGUGUGAAGACAAAGCUGAAGACUGCUGUGCUCACCCUGUGAAGUGCCUCUGCUAAACUUUGCAUGUUCGCAAAGGGUUUGCACAGCGGGAGAGAAACAAGAAAAACCUGCAAUGGCAUCAACGUUGUUUUUUUUUAUAAAAAAAGUGGCUACAUUUCUAUUUACGAAGAUGAUUAACCUGCAAUACUUUUAAGUCAGGAAUUUGAGACACCCCUUUUUUUAAAUUAGGGAAGUGCUUUCCUUUUUAUAUUUUUAAAGCACAAAAAAGGUUCAUUUUUAGAAGUUGCAAGGGUGUGAGAAGUUGUUGGAAGAAUGUUGCAAUAAUAAUAAUAAUAGUAUCUAAUAUUUUUAUCUGGAGUGAGUGAGUGAGAGGAAGAAGCAGUGCUUUCACCACUUGCAAAGGUUUUAUCACUGGAAAAAACUUCGUUGCAGUUUCUGGUAGACGAAGGUCCCAUGUCCACUGAGGUGCUGGUCCUCUGGCCAGUUUUGAGUAGAAUAAAAUUCGUCACUUACUGUUUGGAUGACUAAACCUUGACCAUUCCUGUGCCUCUUUAGUUCAGCCUUUCCCAGCCUGGUACCCGGACUGAAACUCCCAUCAAUGGCCAUGCUUGCUGGGAAUGAUGGGAGUUGCAGUCCAAUACAUCUGGAGGGCACCAGGUUGAGGGAGACUGUCUUUAGUGCAGGGCGGGCAGUGCAUUCGGAGUGGAAUCCUCCCUGGUUGGGACUGCUCCAUUGGUGCAUAACGAUGUCUGCAGAAGUCAUUUACCACAGAUUGUCUUGCCGUAAACAUUUGUUACAAAUCCAGAUGCCAGCAAGACAAUCUGUUGUAAAUAAUUUCUGCAGAAAUCGUUACAAACCCUCGAAGGCCUGAUAAAAAGCAGGAGGCCGAAACGCGUUGGGUUCUUCCCCCACAAUGAAUUUGUUUAUGGUCCCUCUUCGUGUUCCACUUCCCAUUGACAGUCGUGUGAAGAAUUUCCUCGUUCCCCAUUCCUCCUCGUCCCUGUGCAUGCGCUGAACUGAAACGUGUGAGCUCUUUACCUCCAACUCCUACGCCCAAGCACCACUCUGACAUGGAUUCCUGCCUCUCAUGCCGUUCAGCUAGAAUCUUGCCUAUCCCGUUGAAUCCAUGGGUACUUUUAGAAGGAUGUGGCAGGCACCCUUUCCUGCAAGGAAAUGAUGGGAGACUCAGAUAGUGCCCCCCCCCAAUUAGAUUCCCACAAACCCAUUUUCUGGCCCAUGCGGCAGGCACGUGCGCAUGUGUUCAAACUGCUGCUUCAUCUAUUUCUUUUACGAAUGUCUUCGCGCAUGCGCAAAGCCACUGUAAGUUUAAACCGGCUGUCCUAAAAGCUCUGUACUGACCAUGCGCCAAACAGGUUUAAAAAGGAACCUUUUGCGCCUCACGCUUUUUAGCAUGGCGCGCACUCAAGGGAGGUUGCUCUGAAGGUGAGUUUUGAAAAUCGCAGCAUCAAUUUUCAAACCAGCGAUGAUUGCAAUGUGCUGUCUGGGAAUAGAUGGCAUGUCGUUUGUAUCAGAGUGGAUCUGUUUGCCCAGGCCACAUCCUGCAGAGACAAGCACUUAAUAUAGGAUUGGGACUCUUCGUUGUUAUCGAAACCGGUUCAGGAACAGUUAAACAGUGGGAUCCUGUUUCGUUUUGAUCUUUUCGGUUGGCCUCUUGUGAUGCAUUCUGGAUCCGUUGCUGUGCAAAUUGCAAUCUAUAAUUAAUCUCCCCGCCCCUUGUGCAACAUAAUAUUGUUGGAGCAGUUUUCUGGGGUAUCUCUCAUCUUGGAGCUAUGGCAUUAUUCAGGCUCUUAAAAUGUGUGGAAAGAAAAUUUAUUUCGAACUGUGCUGUAGAUAGUAAGGACCUAGUUGUUGUUAAUAACAGAGAAUACAAGUUGACAGUAAUACACGUUUUUUAAAAUCUUGAGGUAUGUUAAUGACUUAAUUUUUAGCGUUGUACAAAAAAAAAAAUAUGGAGGAAAAUAUAUCUAAAUAUAUUGAGAAUAUAUGUAUAUCCAAAAUGUCUGCUGCAAUUCUUACGGAUUUUCAUUUUUUUGUGUUGCCUGCUGAUAUUAUAUUCCAUGAUGUAAAUAUUAUGUGGUUUUAGCACUACUGAAUAUUGGAGUGUGUUAAUACAUUUGUUAAGCUGAUUUUUUUUUUUAAAAAAAAAUUGUGUUAAACUAAUAAUUACAGCUUUAUUUUGUUAUCGUACCAGGUUACUUUUAUCUUCAGAGGUAUAAACCCCAUCCCACCCCCCAAAGAUUUCUAUUUUAACGGAGAGUCAUUUUUAUGUUAUUUAUUUUAAGUCUGCACAUUUCUUUAACGUGUUUUCAUGUACAAUGUCUUCUCCUCUGUUUGGAUAUUAUUUAAGUGAUGACAGUCUCUUUUCAGUUGGGCUCAGAAGCUUUAUUAUGGUUUUAAUUCCAGUAACAAUAAGUUUACCAUUCCAUCUCUAAUAAAAGAAAUUGAGAGAGAAAAAGAGAGCGUCCUUUUUUCUU